UGGUGGGGGUGAGCGGGUGCAGCAGGAACUGGCCUUUGAGCUUCCGCGGUUCGGUCGUGACAGGGGCCCGGGGAUGAACCAUGAGAGUGUGUCGGAUGUCUGCUACUCUGCAGCUACGGCACAGACCUUCCGGAGGAUGACAGAGGCGAGUGAGCUGGUGGCGAGAAAUACUGGUGUCCGGCUGCACAGCCACCGACUGCUGGAUAUGUGCCUUGUGGUUGGGCUGCGGCCACAGGGUCUCCGACAGAUGGUGCAGGAUAUACAACACAAUGGUUCUGAAGCCUCUGAUGCCUCUCCUGAGGUGUUGUCCAUUCACACACCACCAUUCAUCAGCACUCAGUCCAGUCCCGAGACCUGUGGGACCAAUACAGAGGCUAACACUGGGCCAGGUCUCCCAUCGGGCCAACUUCCUGGCAGCAUGGAACUCCCUAAGGAGCACCUCAGAAUUCCAAGGGGAAUCGACCUGUGUGGGCUACCAGAGCUCUGUUUCCCAGAUGGAUUUCAUCUGGACACUGAAGGAAGAGAUGACUCCUUUCACUUCCUGGUACUGACGGAUAUUCUGGGUGACCGACAACAUGGUGUGGUGCUUCAGGUGCAUCGAGAGAUCAAGGAGAGCGAUCUGCAUCCUGCAGAAACCCCGGGCUCAGAGCCAGCGGCAGAAGCUGUCUGUCUGCAGGUCCCCUACGCCAUCUGUGUGAUUACCAAAUUCCCGUAUUACACUGCGCUCAAGGACUGCCUCUCCUGCUUACUGUCUGAGCUCACCGCCUGCAGCGAGGCACAGUUUCAGAAAAAGGUGAAGGAGUUUGCUGCCCAGCUGGCUCUGGUUCCCUGCCCCCCACCCGGACCUCUGCAGCUGAGUUUUGAACUGGGGCCCUUGAACAUCGUGCUUCCACCUCCCGAGGAUGUGGGCAGUCCGGUCAUCGACAUCAGUUUGCACCUCCCAUUCCUCUGCUUCACACCCGAGACCAUCCUGCAGAUCCUGACCAACAUCCUGAUGGAGCGGCGCAUGGUGUUCCUGUCCAGCCACAGGCCGCUGCUGACUCUGGUCACCGAGUGCUUUGUCUAUUUCCUGCACCCCCUGCAGUGGCGACACACCUACAUCCCAGUGCUGGGCAGCCAGAUGCUUGACUUGCUCAUGGCUCCCACGGUCUUCCUGAUGGGCUGCCACUCCCGCCACAUGGACAUCGUCAGAGAGGUGGAGGAGCUGGUUGUGGUGGACAUUGACAAUGGCAGGAUACUGACCACCCAGUGCAAGGAGGUGGAAACACCCCCACUACCCACCGCCAUCGUAGACCAGUUCCUCACCAGCGCCCGAGAACUCCCAGUGAAGACGGAACUCGCACUGUCGCACCUGGCUUCCUGCACCAGCCUGGCAUCCGCCCGAGAGAGGGAGCAUCUCCGCCGAUUCCGGCUCAACCAGACGAUCCUCCACAUCUUCCUGCAGCUCAUCGGGAGCCUGCUGAGGGACGUCCCGAAACACCUGAACAUCAAGCAUCGUGUGUUUAUCAAGAAGGAGUUCCUGGACACAAGGGAGCAAGCUGCCCAACCCUUCUACAUCAGUCUUCUGAAGACUGACCUCUUCCACUGCUUCCUGAAGGCCCGGCUGAACCAGAAGAUGGAUACUUUCAGCCGGUGGGAGUUGUCGACACGUUCCCAGAUAGCCAGGGUAAGCUCAAGGGCAGCGACAGUGCCUCGUUCAUCAAAUACCCUCAGCUCCAACUCCCUGAGGAAAAGCAGAGACAAGACUUGGAGCACGAGUUUGCAAAACUCAAACUCGGCUGAACCGCUGACACUAAUCAGCCCCAACAAACCCAACCGGACUGCAGGAGGAAAAGCCAAGGAGAAGCUGUCACUCCAGAGUCUUCAGCUGCCUCCCUUCCCCAGUGACCCACUGGAAUCCCUCAGUGUCUCACAUUACUACACCACGCUGGUUGUCCAGAUAUCCAGAUACAUGGAGCAGACAGCCAGCGAGGACACGGAGACGCUGGCUGUCUGCCUGUACCUGAGGGGCAUCAUCCGGCUGGCCCAGGGGCAGUGCCUCCAGGCCCUGUUGGACCUCCAGAACCUGGAGAAGAUCGACAUGAAUGCCUUCCCACUGGAGCUGGUAAAACAAACACUGGAGCAGAUGAGUGCGAAGGAGCUGCGUGGCGUUAUGGAGACUGAGGAACUACAGGGUCUGCUUCACGAUAUCAUGGAGAAACACUGGGACCGGGCGCAGCCCGAGCAGAGCGUCAAGGACUUUGAGCUGCCUCGUGUCCCUCUCAACGAGCAGGACUUCGCUGUCCACAUCCAGGCCGCUGGCCUUGUCAGCAACCCCAGCACCAUCAACACUCUCUUCAACAUCCUUUCCGAUGGGCAACCGAAAGUGGUGAAUCCGAAGGUGUUCAAUGAGCUGUACUCGCACUGGAAGAAGAUGAAGUCAGAGGUGGACAGUGUUGUGCUGGAUCCUGAGGUAGACAUGAAGCUUCUGGAGAGUGAGCAGGUGUCUCUGGUGUCCACCCUGGUGAAGACCAACUGUGGGCAGGGUCGCCUGGUACUGAGUCAGAAACGGCUCGGCCUUCUGAUGGACGCAGACCCCCAUUUCAAGGAGAUUGCACGAUUACGGGAUAUUGAGGAGGUGGAGCCAGUUCUGUCCACGUCUGGCAUCCCGCGCAAGAUGACCAGCCUGAGGAUCAAAGUCCGGGGCAGGAAGGAGCCGUUUGUGCCAAACCUGAAGGCAGAGUGCGACGUCUGGAAGGUUCUAAUCCGUGAGCUGCGCGCUGGCAAGGAGCUGGCUGAGCGGCACAAGGACCCUCAAUAUGACCAGCAAGCCCUCAGUAACAUCCAGCUGAUCCAUGCUAUGUCCAAGUGUGACUUCCACACGCGAACCAGCCACGCAUUCCACACGCGAACCAGCCACGCUAUCCACAUGUUGGCCCAGCUUGACCGCACCGUUUCCGAGGUGUCGCCCAACAUCCCAAAGGUGACCACGGACGCCCUGAAGCACACCCUACACCUCUCGGACUCCACACCUUCUCCCUGUUCUGUUAUUGUCUUGCUCUACCUGCCUGGGAGCCUGGAUCCGUGCGAGAGUGUGGACACCCCCCCGGCACUGUGGUGUGCUCUGUCUGACGGAAGGCUCCUCAUCUACAAUGCUGCCUCCUGGCUCCUGGAACAGCCCCCCAUCCAGGUCGGACGGUCCAGGCUGAACUGUAUGAUCGGGGUUGGCCGGGAGCAGGUGUGGAUCGGCUCCGAGGAUUCCUUCAUCUACAUCGUCAGCACCCGACACCUCACCUGUCACCGACGUCUGAUUGCGCAUCGCAACCAGGUGACUGGGAUGUGGCAAGAGAUACUGCCCGGUGGCGAGGGGGGCGCCAGCCAGGUGUACUCAUGCAGUCUGGAUGGGACCAUUGUUCUGUGGGACCCGGCCUCCAUGGAGAUGAAGAGUCAGUUCCAGCUGGAGCAGUGUUGGCAGCUGACCUCUAUUGCCCUGCACCGCAACCACAUCUGGUGCUGUGUGGAGAACAGUCUGGUGAUUGUGGCUCGGGAUGGGAACCAGCUGCAGAAAGUUACUCGAACAUUGGCUCCCCAAGGAGGCUCUAUUCUGCUGACUUACUUCCUCAUUCUUCCUCAGGGGGAGGUGUGGAUGUUGUGUCGGGAGAGGUGCAGCCUGUACGUGUAUUGCACCGACAGCCUGAAUGAUCUGGUCGAAGAGAUCCCCCUCCCGGCUGGCGUACACCUCAGCUGCAUGAUCCACGUCAAGAAGCAGGUGUGGGUUGGUGGGGGAACGGCAGACGGCAGCCGGGGCCGGAUUUACAUCAUCAACACGGAGACCCACUUGCUACAGAAGGAGCUGGAGGCAGCCUGCGGCCCAGUCAGAGCGCUGUGUCCAGCCGAGGACCGCUAUAUGCUUAGCGCCACUGAGGACAGCAAGGUCAUCAUCUGGAAGGUGGACUGAAGAUGCGGAUGCUAAAGCCUACAGAGCCUUCACCCCUGCGGACAGCCCCAUUCAUUGACUCUGGGCCCAAGCCGUCCAUUGUGUCGACCACCACCCUUUUAAGGUGGGAUCACGGAAGGAACACACCUCCUAUCACCCUCCUCUGUCCCACAGCGACUAUCCUGGUCAGCAUCAAUCUCAAGCCCUCUAACUCUGGUCAGCCUUAAUUCUCAUAUUCUCUAAUCCUGAUCAGUCUCAAAUCUCAAACCCUCUAAUCCUGGUCAAUCUCAAAUCUCAAACCCUCUAAUCCUGGUCAAUCUCAAAUCUCAAACCCUCUAAUCCUGGUCAGCCUCAAAUCUCAAACUCUCUAACUCUGGUCAGCCUCAAAUCUCAUACUCUCUAAUCCUGGUCAGCCUCAAAUCUGAAACCCUCUAAUCCUGGUCAAUCUCAAAUCUCAAACCCUCUAAUCCUGGUCAAUCUCAAAUCUCAAACCCUCUAAUCCUGAUCAGCCUCAAAUCUCAAACCCUCUAAUCCUGGUCAAUCUCAAAUCUCAAACCCUCUAAUCCUGGUCAGCCUCAAAUCUCAAACCCUGUAAUACUGGUCAGUCUCAAAUCUCAAACCCUCUAAUCCUGGUCAAUCUCAAAUCUCAAACCUUCUAAUCCUGGUCAGCCUCAAAUCUGAAACCCUCUAAUCCUGGUCAAUCUCAAAUCUCAAACCUUCUAAUCCUGGUCAGCCUCAAAUCUGAAACCCUCUAAUCCUGGUCAAUCUCAAAUCUCAAACCCUCUAAUACUGGUCAGCCUCAAAUCUCAAACCCUCUAAUCCUGAUCAGUCUCAAAUCUCAAACCCUCUGAUCCUGGUCAAUCUCAAAUCUCAAACCCUCUAAUCCUGGUCAAUCUCAAAUCUCAAACCCUCUAAUCCUGGUCAAUCUCAAAUCUCAAACCCUCUAAUACUGGUCAGUCUCAAAUCUCAAACCCUCUAAUCCUGGUCAGCCUCAAAUCUCAAACCCUCUAAUCCUGGUCAGCCUCAAUUCUCAUACUCUCUAAUCCUGGUUAGUCUCAAAUCUCAAACUCUCUAAUCCUGGUCAAUCUCAAAUCUCAAACUCUCUAAUCCUGAUCAGCCUCAAAUCUCAAACCCUCUAAUCCUGAUCAGCCUCAAAUCUCAAACCCUCUAAUCCUGGUCAGUCUCAAAUCUCAAACCCUCUAACUCUGAUCAGCCUCAAUUCUCAUACUCUCUAAUCCUGGUCAGUCUCAAAUCUCAAACCCUGUAAUCCUGGUCAAUCUCAAAUCUCAAACCCUCUAAUACUGGUCAGCCUCAAAUCUGAAACCCUCUAAUCCUGGUCAAUCUCAAAUCUCAAACCCUCUAAUACUGGUCAAUCUCAAAUCUCAAACCCUCUAAUCCUGGUCAGCCUCAAAUCUCAAACUCUCUAAUCCUGGUCAAUCUCAAAUCUCAAACCCUCUAAUACUGGUCAGCCUCAAAUCUCAAACUCUCUAACUCUGGUCAGUCUCAAAUCUCAAACCCUCUAAUACUGGUCAGUCUCAAAUCUCAAACUCUCUAACUCUGGUCAGUCUCAAAUCUCAAACCCUCUAAUACUGGUCAGUCUCAAAUCUCAAACUCUCUAAUCCUGGUCAAUCUCAAAUCUCAAACCUUCUAAUCCUGGUCAAUCUCAAAUCUCAAACCCUCUAAUGCUGGUCAAUCUCAAAUGUGAAACCCUCUAAUCCUGGUCAAUCUCAAAUCUCAAACCCUCUAAUCCUGGUCAAUCUCAAAUCUGAAACCCUCUAAUACUGGUCAAUCUCAAAUCUCAAACCCUCUAAUCCUGGUCAGCCUCAAAUCUCAAACCCUCUAAUCCUAGUCAAUCUCAAAUCUCAAACCCUCUAAUCCUGGUCAGCCUCAAAUCUCAAACCCUCUAAUCCUGGUCAAUCUCAAAUCUCAAACCCUCUAAUCCUGAUCAGUCUCAAAUCUCAAACCCUCUAAUCCUGAUCAGCCUCAAAUCUCAAACCCUCUAAUCCUGGUCAAUCUCAAAUCUCAAACCCUCUAAUCCUGGUCAGCCUCAAAUCUCAAACCCUCUAAUCCUGAUCAGUCUCAAAUCUCAAACCCUCUAAUCCUGGUCAAUCUCAAAUCUCAAACCUUCUAAUCCUGAUCAGCCUCAAAUCUCAAACCCUCUAAUCCUGAUCAGCCUCCAAUCUCAAACCCUCUAAUCCUGGUCAGCCUCAAAUCUCAAACUCUCUAACUCUGGUCAAUCUCAAAUCUCAAACCCUCUAAUACUGGUCAGCCUCAAAUCUCAAACCCUCUAAUCCUGAUCAGUCUCAAAUCUCAAACCCUCUAAUCCUGAUCAGCCUCAAAUCUCAAACCCUCUAAUCCUGAUCAGCCUCAAAUCUCAAACCCUCUAAUCCUGGUCAAUCUCAAAUCUCAAACCUUCUAAUCCUGAUCAGCCUCAAAUCUCAAACCCUCUAAUCCUGGUCAAUCUCAAAUCUCAAACCCUCUAAUCCUGGUCAAUCUCAAAUCUCAAACCCUCUAAUCCUGGUCAGCCUCAAAUCUCAAACCCUC